AUGUCAUGUCAAUUCCCAUUAUUGUCUGCCGGAGUUGUUUCCUCUAUUCUUGUAUAUCUCAAUGGUUUUAAAUUAUAUCAAAAUAUAGCUAUCACAUACGCAGCAUCAACUAUCUCUGGAAGAAUUUUUGUUGAUUCAAAUCAAGAUAAUCAAUACAAUAGUGGAGAAACAUUGUUAAAUAAUGUUGCAAUCGGAUUAACUUCUCCCACCACUACUUACACAACAAGUUCAGAUGCAUCAGGAACAUAUCAAUUCAUUGCAACACUGGAUAUCUUGUAUCCAUUGAGUAUACCAACACCUCCAAGCUCAUACAUGAUACCAUUACAAUCUCAAAUAGUUUACGCUUCAUAUUCAACCCAAAAUAACUUGGUUGUAAACAUUGGAGUUGUUCCAAUAUCAGCAGCAGGUUGUAGUGGAACCAUCAAAACAGCAAAUGGUGAAACCAUGAAUAUCCAAUAUGGUUCAUUUGACUUGACUUUGUAUGGUUGGUGUAAAUCUCCAUCGAUUUGUAAGAAUCCAUUUACAUCGAUUAAAAUUCCACCGGCUUGUCAGAGUAAAAUUGUAAACAAUGUUUUGACCAUUGGUUAUCUAUGUUCAUACAGAGGAUUUACAUUUGAUUCAAUUGGAUUAAAUUCUUAUAGUAGUACAGGCUUCCCGGGAUAUACAUACUAUUGGUCAGUUUGUGGAAUCAAUCCAACAUGUUCUCCAUAUUCCAAUACAGCACAAUCUUGUCAGGGUGGAUCUAAAUACUACAGUACUGGUAAAAUUAGUAGUGGAACAUGGUCUAAAAAUGAUACUGGAAGUGGAGUUCAAGUAAAAUACACCAAUGGAGAAACAUAUGGCUGCACAACUGGUAGAGAGAUGACAGUUCAUAUAUCAUGUGGUGCCACAUCAAAAGCAAUUUCCUCUUACGAAUAUCCAUCGUCAAGUUGCAAAUACCAUUCACACAUGACAUCUCCGUUGGCAUGUGGAAAUUUCCCAGCUCAAGAUUUGUGGAGUUGUAAAACAUAUACUAUGAGUAGCUCUGAUACUGAUACUACUAAAUUUACAUUUUCAAUUUGUUCGACUUCAGUAAACAAUGUUUGUACAAAUGAUGGUGGAGGUGAUAUUUCAGCAUGCUAUGGUCCUUACUACGGGAAUAGCAAUGGAUUCAAUGUUAUAUACUAUAUACGUUAUGGUAAAUAUUCAACAGCAACUUGGAGCGCUGUUACCAACUAUAUCGGUGCAAAGGUGACCUAUUCAUACUCUGAUACUCAAAUAAGUAGUUGCUCAGAUGGAAGUAAUUCAUUUGUAAUGGAAGUGAAUUUAAUUUGUGGAGAUGAUUAUGAACCUUUGUGGAUUAAAAAUGGAGCAUGUAAUCCAAUCACCUACUUGUAUACACCUCAAGCAUGUCCAACAGUCAUUCCAAAUUGUCAAUUCAAUGGAAUGGACUUCUCAUCACUUGCAAAAUGGCCUCGUACUUUAACAUUUUUACUAAUACCAAUUCUAUUAGGACAGGAUAUAAUAAUCAACCUAUACAUUUUGAUUCAAUUGAAUACUACUCAAAGCGAUGGAAUCAUUAAAAAAAGAUAUUACACUCCAAAGGUUGGAGGUGUGAAUAUGCCGGUUGAAGGAGAUACUGUUCUCACCUUUAUUACGAAAUCAUCUCGAUUUAGACUAAUGAUCAACAAUAUCAAAAAUAAAUUUUCAUCCUCUUCAACAUUUUCAAAGAAAAACGAUGAACGUGCAAUAUUCUAUGGCAAUAAUGGUGCAAGAUUAACUCUACUAGUUGUCCCAAUUCCUCAGUCUGUGAAAAAGAUUAAUAUUUAUAUCCUAAAAUUAUUCGUUGGUCGAGUUUAA